UAAUCGAGCGCGGAUAGACCGAUCCGCCCUCUCGGCGCUCCGGCUCCGGCCAUUUCACGCCGCGGACUCGACCGGUUGGGCGGCGGCUGGAGCGGGAGACGGAGCGGCGGCGGGGCAGGCAGGCCUUCAGAAGAUGACGGAAUACAAGCUCGUGGUGGUCGGAGCUGGUGGCGUAGGCAAGAGUGCCCUGACGAUACAGCUAAUUCAGAAUCAUUUUGUAGACGAAUACGACCCAACGAUAGAGGACUCAUACAGGAAACAAGUCGUCAUCGAUGGAGAAACCUGUCUCUUGGAUAUUCUGGAUACUGCCGGUCAAGAGGAGUACAGCGCCAUGCGGGAUCAGUACAUGAGGACGGGAGAGGGCUUUCUAUGUGUAUUCGCUAUCAAUAACACAAAAUCUUUCGAAGAUAUUCACCAUUAUAGGGAACAAAUAAAAAGAGUGAAAGAUUCCGAAGACGUCCCCAUGGUGCUAGUAGGAAACAAAUGCGACUUGCCUUCCAGAACCGUAGACACAAAACAAGCUCAGGAUUUAGCGAGAAGUUACGGGAUCCCUUUCAUCGAAACGUCGGCAAAAACGAGACAGGGCGUCGACGAUGCUUUCUACACGUUAGUCCGGGAAAUCCGAAAGCACAAAGAAAAGAUGAGCAAAGACGGGAAAAAAGAAGAAAAAGAAGUCAAAGACAAGGUGUACAAUUAUGUAAAUUGCCACUCGCUCUUUCUCCUUAAGGUGUACGUCAGUUAGCGUGAUUCAUAUUUUUUUUGUACCGUUAACACUAAAUUAUCAGCACACACUUUUUUUUUUUAGCGUUACUUAAAAACUUCCUGCUUUCCGAACCCGUCACAGCCUUUCGAUCCGGAUGCUUGCUUUUCAGCGUUGGCAGAAACCAAUCCUCUUAAGUGCCAGUAAUCUUCCUUUUCAGUGUGGGUUCUCGGACCCUAGCAACGCCUGUGAAAAACAGCGCCCGGAAACUCUUUUUUUUUUAACAAAAAAAAAAUCCAGGGUGCUUUGGCGCAUGCGAAACUUGCGAACGUCUUCUCUUCUUCCUCGGAAGUUUGUCACUGUUUCUGUCCUUCAUAGGGGCUGGGCUUAGCCACUAGGCAAGACUGCCUGCAUGCCUGGGCAUUUCUUGGCCGGGAGUGUUGGUGGGGGCACAUCAGUUGCAAUAGCACGUGGGGAUCUCCUCAGGCCCAGGUGCACACAUUCCUCAAGGAGCAGGAAGCAACGGACCGUCAGAAUAGAACACCUUUCCCUUCCCCUCAAGUUGGGAGGAGUGCCAGUAGCGUCAAAGAAGAGGAGGGAUUGCAGAAGAAUGGCACAUCCCGUUGCUGGGCAGAGGGGUGGGGUCUGGUUCAGCAGACACCGCAGGGAGGAUUUUGCACACUCACCGAGCAAAUCAGCCGGUGUUGUCUUGUGAUCUUUUGGUGUACUUCAGUUAUAAGACACCCCGAUGAGGCCCAGUGAGCGGUCAAGCAUGGGACCUCUUGAGAACGAGCAGGCCGGCUUUUGGGGACCGCGAGAGAUAGGGUGACCAACCACCAGGUGGCGCCUGGAGAUCUUCCGCUACGGCAGUGGAUUUCCAGAUGAGCAAGAGAACGGACUGGAUGGCAUCGCGUCCCGUUGAGGCCUCGCCCACCCCCCAAAUCUCCAGGUGUUUGCCAACCUGGACCUGGCAACCUGAGCGAGAGAUCUGCAGCAGGCCAGACAAGGAAAAAGAUGCCAACCUCUGGUGUGAGCGAGAAGUGCAGGCAAAGAGCUUGUUAGAGCCACAUUUGAGGAGGACCAAGGAUCCAAAGCCACAGUGGCCGGAGAUAUAAUGGUUGUGGGAAGGGGGCCUUUGAGCUUGGGGAAAGAGUAGAAGGAGAGCUGGCUUGCUAGGCCCUGCUUAUCCUCGUGGAGACUCAAAGGGGCUUAAAAACUCUGCUCCCUGUCCCCUCCCCAUGACAGACACCCUGUGAGGUAGGUGGGGCUGAGAGAGUUCGGAGAGAACUGUGACUAGGCCAAGGUCACCCAGCAGAUGUGAGGGAGCGUGGAAAUGAACUUGGUUCGUCAGACGAGAGGCUUAGCGUGACUUCUCAAGCUCCACCGUAGCUGAGGUGGGAAGAGCCCUGGGGUUUCCCCCGUACAUUCCUUUUUUCCCUUUUCUUUUAAGGAUGACAGUUUGGUUCUGCUGGCGGCAAUACUGAUUUACCAGAAGCCUUUUAAAAGCCUUCCUACCGUUUUUUGUUCCAAGGCGCCUUUUCUUGUAGCACUUCCAGUCACGUUGAACGAAAUGUAAAGAAAAACAAGAGAGUUUUCGUAACAAACGCCC